CCCAGGGCAUCCUCAGCGUGGGACCAGAAAUGAAGAGCAAAUCCAGGCACCGCUCUCAUUCGGCUCCACGUGGGGGCGAUCUUCUCCCGCACCUGACCUGUGGCCUUCCUCGGUGGAAGGUGUGACAUUUGACUAGUGCGCCUUGUCUUUUCAGCCUGGACGCAAUUGCGGGAAGAGGUGUUUUCGGGCGGUUUCCGAGUUCUUGCUCCGCAUUGGGCCUGCAGAGUUGAGCCCGGCUCGGGUCUCACGCCCUGGUGGUAUCGACCUUGGAUCUCGUCAGCUCCUCACCUCCUCCCUCCUUGCACAGUCUGUCGGGCCCCAAGAUGCCUGGCGUCUCAGCCCGUGGCCUCUCGCAUGAGGAGAGGAGACAGCUGGCUGUGAACCUCACCCGCGUCCUGGCGCUCUACCGUUCCAUCCUGGACGCCUACAUCAUCGAAUUUUUCACCGACAGCCUGUGGGGCACACUCCCCAGCUCAUGGCAAGAAGCGCUAGAUGGACUAACCCCACCACAGCUGGCCACCCUGCUGCUGGGAAUGCCCAGGGAAGGGGAGGAGAUCAGGUACAGGUCCGUGUGGCCACUUACCCUGCUGGCCCUGAAGUCCACAGCCUGUGCUCUCGCCUUUACCCGGACACCUGGCUUUCAGACCCCAUCAGAGUUCCUGGAGAACCCCAGCCAAAGCUCCCGACUCAUGGCACCUUUUCGAAAACAUGUCAAGCCCAAAAAGCAGCAUGAGAUCCGGAGGCUGGGAGAGUUGGUGAAGAAGCUGAGUGAUCUCACUGGCUGCACCCAGGUUGUGGAUGUGGGCUCAGGCCAGGGCCAUCUCUCCCGUUUCAUGUCUCUCGGGCUGGGGCUGAUGGUGAAGAGCCUUGAAGGAAAUCAAAGGCUAGUUAGCAGAGCCCAGCGCCUAGACCAGGAGCUCCUGCAGGCUCUGAACAAAAUGGAGAAAAGGCACCCAAAGGUGGUGCAAAGAGGUCCCCGCCAUUCCCCCCAUCAUGUGGUUCAGUGGGUCAGCCCCACAGCCCUGUGUGAGGAGCUUCUGCUUCCUCUGGAGACAUCGGGCCAGGGUAGUGCCCGCCUGCUACUCACGGGCCUCCAUGCUUGUGGGGAUCUGAGUGUUGCCUUGCUGAGACACUUCUGCUGCUGUUCUGAAGUGGUGGCCUUAGCCUCUGUGGGCUGCUGCUACAUGAAACUCAGUGACCCUGGCAGCUACCCCCUGAGUCAGUGGGUAGCUGGACUGCCUGGCCAUGAACUACCCUACAGGCUCCGGGAGGGGGCCUGCCAUGCCCUAGAAGACUAUGCAGAGAGGCUACAGAAUGCAGGCCCUGGCUUGCAAACACAUUGCUUCCGUGCAGCACUGGAGACAGUCAUCAGACAUGUCUGCCCUGAGCUUCGGAGGCCUGGUGUGCAAGGAAUCCCCAGGGUCCAUGAACUCAAGAUUGAAGAGUAUGUGCAACAAGGGUUACAGCGAGUAGGUCUAGACCCUCAGCUGCCACUGGAUCUUGCUGCCCUUCGGGCCCAGCAGGCCCAAGAGAAUCGAGUGGUGGCCUUCUUCAGCUUGGCCCUCAUGCUGGCCCCACUGGUGGAGACACUGAUUCUGCUAGACCGGCUGCUCUAUCUCGAGGAGCAAGGCUUCUAUGCUGAGCUCUUGCCCAUCUUCAGCCCUGAACUCUCUCCCAGAAAUCUGGUUCUGGUGGCCACCAAGACACCCCUGGGUCAGGCUUUCUCUAUUCUUGAGAAUGAAGACAUCUAGCUGACGGUCUGAAACCAAGAUGCCAACAUGGCUAGUACAUCUUACCAUUUAGAGUGCCUGCUUCCUGCCUGAAUUCUGGCUCUCUGCAAACUUCGGAUUUAUACCCUUUCUCUCCCUUCAUAUGUAAUUUACUGUGUAACUUUUAUUUAUUAAAACUUUUAAGAUUUAA